ACAGUGCCUUAGAAACAGCCGAGCUCCGUGCCAGUUACCUUUCCAAAUUGGACGGCGCUAAGUGCUCCUCUUCAAAGAUGCGAGUGCGAUUUGGAAGACGCAGUGGACAGGAGAAAGACAGCACGGAAAUGAAGAACUCUGAUGAGGAUCAAAAUCUCUACCCGCCUCUUCUACCUAGCAAAGUAGACCUCCGGCAGGUCACCAUAAUUCCACACAGUGAAUGGGAAAGGAUUAGAGACAGUCUCGAUAGUUUGACAAGAAAAGCAGCAUGCCUCCGCGCAGAAAGAAAAGCAAAGAAAGACAUGCAUUUACGGUCUCAAGAAAUGGUGAAACACUGGACUAAUACAUAUGCAGGGAUGAAAGAACAGAAACUUGAAGCUAAAAAGAAGCGUGAUGAAGAACUAGAAGCAGAAAGACAAGUUCUUGAUAUAGAAGAAGAAAUCUAUAAACAAGGAGAAAGAAAAAAAGCCAUUGAAUAUGCAAAACAAUGUAAAUUUUACCAGACAGAAAGAGUGAAAAAUUUUCAUUCAGGAUUUCUUCUUAGUAGAGUCAUGAAAGAACGUGAUGCACAGAUUGAAUACCAAAAGAAUAAAAUAAAACCCGAAACAAAAUGGGAUGAACAAUUGAAACUCAGCAUUGAAAAAGCUUUUCAAGAAGAACAAGAAAAAGCAGAAAAACGACGUAGAGAUAGAGUGGCUCUUGCCCAUGAUCAUUUAAAACAAAUAAAGGAACAUGAAGAAGAAGAAGAGAGAAGGAGAAAAUGUGAAGAAAAAGAUGCUAAGGAAAUAAAGCGACAAAAUUUACUAUAUGAAAUAGAAAUAAGAAAAAAACUAGAAAAGAAAAAGGAAGAGAUGCAUGAAAGCAGGAGACUGUUUUUUGAGCAUUUGAAUGAUAAACAUAUUAUCAAGGCUGUAGAACAGCAGCAGCAAGAUGAUGAUGAUGAGAAGAUCAGAAAAUUCAUCAAAGCAAAAAAGCGUCUUACACAAAUGGGGAGAGAAAAAGAAGCUGAAACACAUAGGCUAAUGGAAGAACGGAGAGAAAGAAUAAAUAACUUCCUGAGUGAUCUAAUGAAAGAGAAACUUGACAAUGAAGAUUUAAUUAUUGCUAGAGAUAUUGCAGAAGCUGAGGCUGAAUGGGAAAAAAGAGAACAAGAAAAAGAUGAAAAAACCAAAGCAGAAUUAAAAGCGAUUACAGAAUAUAGAGUCGCUGUGAUGAAAAGUAAAGAGGAAGAAGAAAGACAAAGAAAAAUAGAGGAAAAAGAACAAUUGCGAGCUAUCUUGAAAGCAGAUCAGAUUUACAAUGAGCAUGAAAAGAUGAAAAAACGCAAAGCUGAUCAAGAACGUAGAGAUCUUCAAGAUGCCCAUAUUCAGCAAAUGGUAAAAAAUAAACUUAAAACAAAGGAAGCCAAACAAGCAGAAUUAGAGUAUUGGAAACUUAGUGACGCUCUUAUGGCUGAAAAGGAGAAAGAAUUUCAGAAUUAUGCCAGAGAAGUAAUCGAACACGAGUCUGAAUCAAGAAAUAAACAGAUCUAUCCUAUGGUAAAAGCUGUAGAGCAAAGACCUGGAGGUGGCCACGGACCAGUUUUUGUGGAAAGAGGUGGAAUCAGACCUAGCUAUCAGACAUAUGAUAGCACUGGAGUCCAGCUCCCGUUCUAUAAUUCUCAGGGGUCAAAAUAUAAUGAUUUUAGCAAAUCUAAGAAAAGGCUAGGUUUUACAUGGUAGAAAAACUUAUUUUUAAGAUUGAGAAGACUACAUUGUACCUAAUAUGAGCUGCAAAUCUAAGUUAACUAUAUGCUUCUAAUUUUUGUAAAUAAACUUAUUCUUCAACAAAA